GGGCUUUGUCCCAAUAACUGGAUUCAUCUACAAGGUUCAUGCUACAAAGUCUCGUCAAAGAGUUUGAACUGGACCGCUGCAAAAUCUGCUUGUGAAGCUAUGGGGUCUAAGCUCGCUAUGGUGACACCAAAAGCCAAACAACAAGCACUUGCUUCGAACAUAUCACAAAGAGUAUGGAUUGGUUUGUACAGGGAUCCCAAAGACGAUUCACGUUGGUUGUGGGUUGAUGGAUCAAGAGCGACAUAUACUAACUGGAAUCCUGGAGAACCCAACGACCUGGGAAGAAAUGAGGAUUGCACAAUGAUGUUUCCUUCUAAUGGAAAAUGGAAUGAUUUAGCAUGUUUCAACAGUCUUAAAUACCUCUGUGAAACCAGUGGUAGGUGA